UGCUGUGUGGGCAAAAGACCCCACAGAGUCUGGGAUCAUCUUUGACACAUGAUUCUCUACAUGCAGGUGAAAAAGAUAAAGUUUGGUUCUUUGCCUGUGGGGGAUGUUUGGGGAACUGGGAAGAAGGUGAUGAUCCUUGGAAAGAACAUGCCAAAUGGUUUCCUGAGUGUGAAUUCCUUCAUCAUAAGAAAUCCAGCGAUGAAAUUCAAGAGUACAUUCAAAACUAUGGUGGAUUUGUAAAAGUGAUGGGAAAACAUUUCACAACUCCUUUGAUAAAGAGGAUAUUACCUACAGAAACAGGUGGUCCCAUUCCCAACAUCUUUGAGGAUGAAGGAGCUUGACUGGAUUCUUUUAAAACUUGGCCACAGGAAGCUCCACUUGAUGCCACCAUGCUUGCCAAUGCAAGAUUGUUCUACACAGGUAAAAAGUAUAUUGUGCGGUGUUUUGCCUGUGCUGGGCUUUUGCAGAAAUGGGAGGAAGGUAAUGAUCCGGGGAAAGAACACGCAAAAUGGUUCCCUGAUUACAAGCGCUCAGCACCACUCAGUGAAACACUGGAAGAGCCAGCAGAGAACAAAUCGGCCUGUCAGUCUGAGCAGCAAGCUGCCAAGUCAGAAACCUUGGAAGAGAUAAAAUUUCUAAAUUAUGGAAUAACUGACAUGACCCCUGAGGAUCCCGAAUGGUCCCAAGAAGCCAAGGCAUUGACUGAACAGCUCAGGCAGGCUUACAGUAAUACCAGGUUUACCAGACUGCCUUCUUUUGGUGACUCUAUGCAUUUUGCCAUUGAUUUGAAAUUGCUCUACGCAGACCUGUCAGUUGUCUCAAAGGAUAUCUAUAACCAGCCACUGCAGCAGCUCUUGCUGCCUGACAUCCUUGAAAACCUUAAUUCCAUCACUGUCCUCGAAGGUGAAGCAGGAGGUGGGAAGACACCAUUACUGAGGAAGGUAGCUGCGCUGUGGGCCUCAGGCUGCUGCCCCAUGCUAAGCAGGUUCAAGUUGGUCUUUUAUCUUUCCCUGAGUGCCACAAAAGGGGAUCAGAGCUUGACUGACAUCAUCUGCAACCAGUUAGUGAGAUUUCCAGGGUCAUUAACAGAAAUGUCCCUGAGGAACAUCCUUCAGCACUUAAAGCACCAGGUCCUAUUCCUUCUGGAUGACUACGGUGAGAUGAAUUCAGUUCCCUCGGUCAUCAAAGGACUUGUACAAAAGAAUCACUUCAACAAACACUGCCUGGUUAUCGCCGUGCGUACUAACUGGAUCACAGAAAUCCGCAAGCAUGCAAAUACAAUUUUAACUGUUGUGCAGUUUCCUCUGUACAGCACUCUCUACAUCCUUCGGAAGCUGUUUUCACACAUUGCCCUUGUGGAAAAGUUCAUCUAUAAGGUGCAAUGUGAAGACGCCAUGCAGACUCUUCUGAAGACCCCGCUUCUAACUGUGGCUCUCUGUGCAUAUUGGGUACAGUACCCAGGAGGGAACAUCUUCAAUGACAAGGCUAUUUUUAAAGCCUACUUGCUGUAUAACUCCCUAAAAUACCUGGAAGAAGGAGACCAUGUUAGCACCAUGGUGUCCUCCUGUGGAGAGCUUGCCUUAAAAGGUCUUUUCAAGCCGUGCUUUGAUUUCAGGGAGGAAGACCUCUCUGAAGCAGGGCUUGAUGGAGAUGAAGCUCUGAGAUUGGGCCUGCUGAGCAAAUUCACUGCCUAAAGGCUGCAGCCAGUUUAUCAGUUCUUUCAUCCGUCAUUCCAAGAGUUCCUGGCGGGGCAAAGGAUGAGUGAGCUCCUGGCUUCUGAUGUUGAAGAAAACCUGGAGAGAGGACUGUAUUACUUGCAGCAAAUCAGCAUGUUGAGGAAAGUUUCUGGGACCUAUCACUUUUUGUUGCAGUAUGCUCGCAGCUAUCCUUCCAAGGCAGUUCCAAAAAUCAUAACCCAUUUAUUCAACUUGAUCCACUCUAAGGAGGCAUUUGAAAGUCAUUCAGAAAGUGAUGAACUUCUACAACAUCACCCAGAACUACAAAUGGUGGUACAGGCAAUAGAUGUUUUGGAGUCAGAAUUUUGUCUUUCAUUUUUCACUCACCUUUUACUGGACACUGCAAUUUCUGCAGCUUAUGCAAGUGACACUGUUGCAAUGUGUGCCCCAGUCAUCUUUGAGUUCCUUAGAGGAAAAACCUUUUUGUUAGAAAACCAAAGCAUGCUGAAUUUUUUAUAUGAUUAUCCAGAAAGCUUAUCCUUUCCCAGAAGCUCUGAUGUAAUUUUAAAUGGAACUGAAAAUAAACUAAAGUUAAAUUUUUCAGAUAUAGGAACCUGUUUUUCUGAAAUGGAGGUUCCAACUGUUGAUAAGGAUUAUGCUCUUGCUUUUACACACUUCAAUGACUGGCACAAUGGGUCAAAAAAAAAUGAAGAUGAUAUUUGUAGCUUUUGGUCUCACAUCCCUAGACAUCUGCUGGAUUCUGUUAUGGCUCCUUUCAUACUUGCAAAGGGUCGUGGAAAAAUUUCAGUUUUGAAGUUUACAGCCAAUGACAUCAGUUCAUUUAAAGAAGCUGAUCUCAGGAACCUAAUGGUGCUAUUCUCCAUUUCAGAACAUGUUGAGCUUUGUCUGAAUGAUAGUCCAGAACUGGUUGAAAGUAUCUGACCAGCUCUUGAACAGCACAAGGAAUGCUUUAAAAAAUGCCGCCUGUAUAAUGUUAACUUGAGUGUAGCAGAACAAGAACUGCUUCUGUCUAUGUCUUCAGUGGAAUCUCUUGAGAUAAGAGAAGGAACACAAACACCAGAAUUGCUGUUUAAAAAUUUGGACAAAUUCAUCUGCUUGAAAGAAUUGUCGGUGUGUGCACAGAAUGAUCAAAAUGUGUUUGAUAUUGUGCCUAGUGGCUUCAGAAAUCUCCAUUGCAUGGAGAGAUUGUUGAUCAAUAACGUGCGCUUUCAAAAUGGUUCUUCCAGGCUGGCUGAAUUUAUUCAGAGCUUUCAGAAUCUGUCCAUUUUUCAUCUGGACCAUUCGGACUACUUUGACUGUAAACCUCUUCUGGCUGCAAUUUCUUCUUGCAAGAAUCUAACAGAAAUCAGGUUAACUGGAUCAUUUUUCAGAGAUCAAGACAUAUCUUUUUUUGCUGCUGUUCUGCCAAAUUUUCUCUUACUCAAAGUGUUGGAUCUUGAUAAGCAAUGGUUUGUUGAUGGAAAAAGUCUGAAGCCUUUGCAUCUUGUAAACCUGGAAGAGCUCAACCUCCCUCUUGGGAAUGGAAUAAGGCAUGCCGCCAAGCUGAUUGUUUAGCAGUGUCCGUAUCUGCCACAUCUCAGAGUCUUUUCAUUUGUUCACUCUUUGAAUGAUGAGAGCCUAAUGCAAAUAGCAAAGGUAGCAAGUAGCGGAGGUUUCCAAAAGCUUGAAAAUCUCUCUCUGUCAUCAAAUCACAAUGUUACAGAGGCUGGUUGGACAAACUUCUUCCAAAUGCUUUCCAACAUGCCCAGCUUAAAGGAACUGAAUAUCAACCACAUGUAUACACAUCAAAUCAAAUCACAAGCAGCAACAGUGACGUCAUUUGUUCAGUGUGGGUCUAGGCUCUCCAGCCUUGUGACUGUCCAGAUGUGGGGCUGGCUGCUUGAUGAAGAAGACCUUAAAAUGUUUAAUACCAUGAAAGAACAGCAUCCCCAGUCCAAGAGUUUAAAAUUAUGUUGGCAAUGGAGCUUACCAUUCUCACCAAUUUUACAAGAAUGAAAAAAAUUGAAGUCACGGGCAGUUAACAGAAACUGCGGGAAACCAUUGCAUUUUUUCUUCUGCUUUAGAGAGAUGCAAACACCACAGCAUCUUUGCAUGUAUAAUUUUAGUAGUCUCUUAUGAAACAUAUUUUGAGUCCUAUGUUCUGCUUACAUUAAUUUAUGAGAAGUCCCUUUCAUGUACUUGGCAGGAGGAAUUAAUAUAAGAUUUAAAAAGCUUUAGCUUUCGUUGAGUCUAUUACAAAUAUAAUUGUGUGGAGAUUUGUACCUAAGUGAUACAAUUGCAUGCUAUAAAAAAAACUAAAGGAAAUACUGAGUUAUCUUUAUUUAACAAAGCAGAAUGGGCUAUAACUGCUGGGAAUAAAGAUGGAUACCAGA